AUGGAGGUGACAUCGCUUUGCAUCAUACUGUUGCUCAAUGUGCUCUUCCUGCUUCGUGCUCAAGGUCAGAACAACAGUUACUAUGUUAAGAAAGCUGAUGCAGCUUUCAUUAAUGUGGAUCCAAACAGACUGCAAUUCUUUGAGUAUGAAUCCAUCUCACUUACCUGUGCCCGGAUUCGUGGCUCAUCUGAAUGGAGAGUGAUGAAAAAUAUUUCCUCAGAUGCUUCUCGAUGGGAAACAUCAACAGGAUCCUUGAAGAUUAAUCCGGCUUAUAAAUCACACAGUGGAGAAUACUUUUGUGACAAUGGAGAGGGAGAGAGAAGCAACACUGUCAACAUCUCUGUCACUGCUGGUGAAGUGAUCCUGGAUAUUCCUGCUCUCCCUGUGAUGGAGGGAAAGAUGGUGACUCUGCGCUGCAGAAAGAAGACAUCUGCUAUCUCUACAGCUGAUUUCUACAAAGAUGGCCUAUUCAAUAGGACAGAAUACACUGGCAACAUGACCAUUCCCAGUGUUUCAUUAUCGUCUGAAGGUCUUUACAGAUGCAGAAUCCCUGGAGCUGGAAGAUCACCAGAGAGCUGGCUGGCUGUCAGAGCCUAUAUUAUACAUGCACCUCAAGGGACAACACCUGGGGAGGGUCGAGAGUGGCCUCCUCCUCAUCCUCCAGACCCUGGUUCCAUUCAGCUCUCCAUCCUGUUGCCGGUCGUCUUCACCUGUUUGUGUGUGGCUGUUCUGCUGCUGGUGGUGGGACUACUGCACUAUCGGAAACACAGAGUCACACGUCUGAAGAUGCUGCUUACAAGAACUGUGCUGCUGCACAUUCUCUCUGUGGUCAACUACUGA